AUGGCCGCUGGUGGGGUGGCGACCCCUGCACAUGUUUUGAUUGCUGACCCUGCUGACUGCUGCACAGACGGAGCCCGCAUGGUGCUGACACGGCUGCUGGUGGGGCGGCAGCACCAGCAGCAGCCGCAGGUGGCGCCCCCUGCAGACAGAGGGGGGCGGGCGGAGGCGGAGGGGGAGGUGCGGCGGCUGACGGCGCAGGUGCGGGACCUGGAGCGGCGCCUGCAGGUGCUCACAGGCGGCCUGGAACGGCUGUCCCCGCUGCCUUCUGGCGACGCAACCACCUUUCAAGUGCAGUGUGUGGACUACGUGCGUCACCCAGUGCCACAGCAGAACCACCUCGCCUGUGCUCCGUGUGUUGCAGGCAGCCUGGAGUGGCUGUCCAGCGGCUCCCCGCGGCCCGCCAGCUUGCUGGCCCCCAGCAACACGACGGCCGCCGCUGCGGCGCCGCUGCACGUGCCGCUGACUGCCGAGCAGUGCGUGGACCAGGCGCGCCGCCACGUGUCGCAGGCCGAGCUGCUGGACAGGGGGCGCCCGCUGGCCAGCGAGUUCGAGCUGGUCGCCUUCUCGCACUUCACGCUGAGCCGCGUCUACCCCGUGGAGCUGGCGCUCGGCAAGCGCGUCGUCGAGAAGCCCAUCGGCUUCCGCAAGCUGGACCUCCUGGAGGCUCUUAUGCAGGCUCUGGAGACUCUGAACAGCAGCAGCGGGGGCGGCGGUGGGGAGCGGUUCUCGCUGUCGGACUUCAGCGAGGGCGUGUACCGCACGGAGCCCACGACGGGCACGCAGUACGAGCUGGUGUUCCGCGGCCCCGGCGGCGGCGGCGGGGGCGGGAGGCGCGUGACGCUGGCGCGGCCGCUGCUGGCGCCGCUGGUGGUGGGGGUGGAGCGGCUGGCGGCCCCCCGGGGGCGGCCCACGGUGCACGUGCUGCUGCCGCUGGCCCCGGGGCCCGCCGCACACUUCCGCGCCUUCAUGGACAAGUUCGUGCGCAUCGCGCUCAAGAACGACCGCAGGGUGCAGCUGACGGUGGUGUUCUUCGGCGAGGAGGGCCUGGCCGAGGCGCGCUCGGCCAUGUCGCGCGCGCUGGCGCUCUCCCCCCGCGGCGGGCCGCCGGACCAGCUGCGCCUGCUGGCGCUCAACGAGUCCUUCUCCAGGAGCCGCGGGCUGCGCGUCGCCGCAGACAGGGCCGCCGGGGACGCGCUGCUCUUCCUCUGCGACGUCCACCUCGUCUUCAGCGCCAGGUUCCUCGACCGCUGCCGCUGGAACGCCCAGCCGGGCAAGAAGGUGUACUACCCGAUCGUGUUCAGCCUGUACAACCCGCACGUGGUGUACACCCUGCAGGGCCGGCCGCUGCCCCCGGAGGCGGAGCAGCUCGUCAUCUCCCGGGACACCGGCUUCUGGCAGGACGCAGACUUCGCCACCUCCUGCCAGUACAGGUCUGACUUCCUGAAGGCGUCCACCCCGGCGGAGGAGCCGCCCGGCUGGGGUGGGGAGGGCGUGUCGCUGUACCGGCGCCACGUGCGGUCGAGCGUCAAGGUGGUCCGCGCCACCGACCCCGGCAUCUUCCGCCUGUGGCACCCCAAGGAGUGCAGUCGGCGGCUGCCCGCGGAACAGCUGCGUGCCUGCCUGAGGAUGCGCGCUCUCACCGAAGCGUCGCACGCGCAGCUGGGGCUGCUCGCCUUCCGCGACGCCUGACGAUGGACUACGUCUAGUGGACGAAACGUCGCCUACCUAAGAACGGGCGAUCUCACUCAGCUGGGGCCACUCGUGCUCCAAACCUGAUGGCAGACUACCCCUAGGCGUCAAAGCCUCUUCCUGUGGAAGUGCGCCCUCGCCGAAGCAGAACGUUCGCAGCUGCGGCUGCCUGCCUUCCUCGACUUCAGCAGUGCUUGACGAUGUAGUACGUCCCGCGGCCGAAACUUCACCUGCCUGAAGUCGUGCGACCUUACAGAAACGACGUAUGCACAACUGGCCAACCGAUGCCUCCCCUGACGGUGAAGUCCGCUUUGCAGUAUGAAUGUUGCCUGCCUCAGGAUGUGUUCUCUAACCGAAACGUUUCAUAUAUAGCUGGGGCUGUCCCGAGGUGUACUAGAGCUGACGUUGGUCACUCAUUUCACGGACAAAACGCCUCCUACCUUCAGACGAGUGCCCUGAGCAAAACAUCACAUGUGCAGCUGAAGCAGCUCGAAUUAUGCCAUGGGAUGUGCCAAAACGCCGGCUGGCUGAUGAUUCUCACCCACACACACGUGUCACGUUGUGCUUUAAAGUGAGAUCUGUCGCAUGGUCAAAACGUCUCCAUAGAAUGGCAGUGAUACAGCCACAGAGCUUCAGACCUGCGAACCAGUCCUACUAAGUACACUGACAGUGGCUCACCUCACAAACAAGUCUUGAACUGUGUGCGAAACUGUGUAGAGUAGCAAGGAAUAAAUAUUUUGUACUUAAUCUGAGUCUGCAAAAUAAAGUAUAUGAUU